UCAGUGAGACUCAAACAGCACAACAACACUGAAGAUGGAGCAGACCGAAGUAAUGAAGCCAGAAACUCUGGAUGAUUUGAUCAAAAUUCUCCACAAGAUCUUUGAAAGUGACGAAGUCAAUGUAGAGGAGGUGCAGAACAUCAUGGAAUCGUAUGAAAGUAAACCUCAAGAGUGGAUGAAGUUUGCCAAAUUUGACCAGUACAGAUACACCAGGAAUCUUGUGGAUGAGGGAAAUGGAAAGUUCAACCUGAUGAUUUUGUGCUGGGGUGAAGGGCACGGCAGCAGCAUCCACGAUCACACAGACUCGCACUGCUUCCUGAAGCUCCUGCAGGGUCAGCUGAAGGAGACGCUUUUCGAAUGGCCUGACCGCAAGCAGCCCGGUGGCAUGGUGCAGAAAUCACAGCAAGUUCUGCUGGAGAACCAGUGUGCCUACAUUAACGACUCCAUCGGACUGCAUCGGGUGGAGAACGUGAGCCAUACGGAGACGGCCGUCAGCCUGCACCUCUACAGCCCGCCCUUCCAGACGUGCCAGACGUUUGACCAGCGCACCGGACAUCGCAACACCGUCAAGAUGACCUUCUGGAGCAAAUUCGGAGAUAGGACGCCCUACGAAACCACCAUUUCACAGGAGAACAACUGAGACGGCGGGAGCCACGACGACAUUUCCACAUUAAAUUGAAACCGCAGUGAUGUUUAUAACUCUUUUUAAGAUUUGCAAAGGACAGUGGGAAGAGGGUCUUGCCCGUAAUUCAAGUCUCUUAAUCGUGGCCUAGUUUAGCGCUGGCAAACGAGGCCGAAGGUCUGAAUAGACGCAUUAGUUGAGCUGCGUGUCAAUCUGCUCUUUGUUGUUGAGAAGAGGCUGUUCUCCCAGCAUUCCUGUGUGCCUGUGACCUGUGUAAUCACGCUUUUGUACGGUUACGGGACGAGAGCUGCGGGUUGAAGUGUGUAAUUUGUGAGAAGAAUCUGUUUAUGCGCUCGAAUGAAAGCGCUGUCCUCGAUCGGCCUCCGUCGACAACAUCCCGCUUCGGCAAAAAACGCAGCGCUCGUGUUUGAUCAUCGCCAGCCUCCCGUCUCCAUUUCCAGAUCAACAUUUGCAUCCAAGAGUUUAUUUGUAUCAAUCUAGCUGUCAGUAAUCGAUGUCUCGUGGAACAAAUACCGUCUCUGGAGCUUUUAUUUAAAAUGGACCUGAAUCUUAGCUGGAAAUUAGUUUUUGUCUUAACGUUGAAGUAAAUAAAGUGUUUCCCAAAUAUU